AUGACCUGGGAGUGGGCGCGGAGCAGACGUGCUGGCGACAUGGCCCGCCCACUCCCGAUCAUGGUGAAGCCGGCCAUGGAGGCCGAAAUCCCCACCCUUUCUCUGCCCAUAGAGGGCAAUUUCAUUUUCUUCCUUGGGACGCUUCAGGCGGCCAAGCGCGAUAUCCCGUUGAAGAAAAUAUCGACUUGGCAGCUCUAUAGCCGAUUGACCUCCGCAGUUGAGCUUCCAUGGUCCAUCAAUAUUGGUGAUCUCCUGAAUGCUAGCUGGCCGCUUGCCGAUCAAACACGAUGCGACACAUGGCUUUCUCAGCACAUAUUUGAGUCCGCUGCUCCAGCUCUGAACACAUCUCAGCACCACACAAACUUGAGUGCUCUGCACAAUAUCUACUACACCGGAGAUCUGCAGCCAUGGCCGGGCUUCGUCGAUGCUGUUCGGACGUUCCAUGAAAGCCGCACCUGGCGGCAACAGACUCUGGGCUUCAUGAUUGAGGCCCGAGAUUUGUAUGCCUACGGCAAUGUCGAGGUUGGAGACGAACACGGUGUUCAAGGGCGCUUUCAAAAGUUAUUCGGCGACGUACUCAACACAAUAUUCGAGUCACAGUCGACGACGGAGGAGAACAUCGACCUCCGUUUCGCGGAUUUCAAAUGUGUCCAGUCUGCGUACCCCGGGACACCUGAUGUGAUACUGAAGGAUAGCAAACACGCCUUGAAAAUCGUUGGAGAGCUCAAAGUACCCUGGGUUAGCGAGCAUCAGAUUGAACCACGAAUUAGCUAUGCAAAGCGUCUAAGAGAGUUAUUAGCACAACCCAUUAUGUAUAUGAAGGAUCUUGGAUGCAUGUACGGCUUUCUGAGCACGUACGAGGAGACGAUCUUCUUGCGACAAGUCGUGGACAAUAAUGGCGUAUGGAGGAUUGAGUAUUCUCCCGUGAUCUUGUCGUUCACCACUUACGAUAAACGCAUGACCACUUCCCCUGUUGUUUCUGUGAAGCAAUGUUUUUUCUAUGUGGGCCUCAAUGCGUUGAAUCAGGGGCCGGUUCAGAACACCUAA